UCCAGACAUACACGUAUGUGGAGUGAGCGGUGGGCUUGGUUUUUGGUGUGGGUUCGGAGCUGCUGGGACCGAGGUUAUCGCAGCUACGCCUUCUCUCCCAGUCCAAGUGGAAACUGUCAAAACUAAGCCGGGGCUGGCUGCUCUAACUUGCACAGGGUCUACGGCUGUCGGCUCGCCAUGGAUGUAGACCGUACCCGAGAGCCUGCCCCGCCUGCCUUCAGGCCGGUCAUGCACGGAACGACGCGAAUCAAAAUCACCGAGCUCAACCCACAUCUGAUCUGCGUGCUUUGCGGGGGGUACUACAUCGACGCCACCACCAUCAUCGAAUGUCUUCACUCCUUCUGCCGCACGUGUAUUGUCCGGUAUUUGGAGACCAGUAAAUACUGUCCUAUUUGUGAGGUUCAAGUGCACAAGACACGCCCUCUUCACCAUAUAAGACAAGACAAGACCUUACAAGACUUGGUCUACAAACUAGUUCCUGGGCUAUUUAAAGGGGAGAUGAAAAGGCGCAGAGAUUAUUAUGUCGAUAAACCUGGAGCCACGCCUACAUUCCUGACAGCCGAGGGGCGGGGCGAGGCGGUGGGCUUACAUGAGCGGGUGAUCUACACAGACGACGAAAUGAUCAGUUUGUCCCUGGAGCUAAGUCCGAAUGGUCGACCGCCUGAUGACUUCCGCCGGAGAAAAGUUAACGGCGAGGUGUUGAGUAGGGCAAGGCGCCUACCAGAUAACGAUGUUGCAGAUCGCCGGUAUCUUUUGUGUCCUGCUGCAGUGACCGUUGCACAUUUAAAGAAAUUCGUCCGCAUGAAGUUCUCCUUAUCAGAUCGCUAUAUGAUAGACGUAUUUCACACCGAUGAGAAUCUCAUUGAUACUUACAAACUAUUGGAUAUAGCUUAUAUCUACUCGUGGAGAAGGCGGGGGCCUUUAAGGCUGUUUUAUACUAUCUACGAACAUCCGGCUAAGAAGAGGCGAUUAGCUUCCACAGACACGGAUGUGUCCAAGGAAACUGUGAAGGAUGAGGAAGAAAUUGCUGCCACCGUGUCUCCUCCAGUCGUAAAUGGGGACGUGGAUCAAAUAGACAGUAACCCUACAGGUCCAAUAGACCUAGUGAAAAAGACUGUAGUACCUGUGCAGAGCGAUGGUUCUCCCCCACCGGAGCCUCCUGCAAAUGGCGAGGUUUCCGACGUUGUGACAUCAUCCAGCCCCAAGCCAAAAGACAAUGAGACGUCGGGUUGUAGCCCGAAAGUUGAAAACGAGGGAACUUCUCCGAAAACAGAGACGUUAAAUUUAACUCCAGCUCACACAGAGCCGGCAACUCCCCCGACAGAAAGGCCUGUGGUAGUCUCCAAACCCGACCCUGUUUCGGAAUCUCCUCCUAAGUUGAACAGUUUGCCGACACCUACCAUAGCAGAGGAGAAUGAAGAAGAAAACGGACCAAUUAACAUGGUUAUUACAACAGCAGUGAAAAAAGAACCAGUUGAAAUCGACGAGACAACGGGCCAAUCAUAGUAUUUAUUUGGAAUGUACCUGUGUGUGUGGGUGUGGAAAUCGAGAUGCUUCACUGCGCAGUUCAAAUCGAUUGUUCGACAUAACCGUGAAUCGACGUAAGCGUGAAUCGACGUAAGCGUGAAUCGACGUAAGCGUGAAUGGAUAAGACAAGUAUUCACACAUUGUCGUUUAGUGAACGCAAAACGUUGCUGGUGAAUAAUGGUCCUUCUGUAGUAUCAGGUGAAGUGUCAAAAUUUACAUUUUUUCACCUGCUGCAGUGGGCCCAUCAUCACCUCGUGUGCACUAGUACACGUGGAGUAGUACACGUGGAGUAGUACAUGUGGAUCCAGUCAAAGGAUUAAAAGUUACAAUCUCCUCAAUACCGGUCGUGCGCGAGAGCCAACAGUGCAGCAGUACAGAGUAGGGGUUAUGCAGUUCAUAACAGUGCUAUUGGUCGACAUUAUUUCUACUUUAUGUGCUGUAUGGUCGUCCUAUGAUAGUGUACUAUGUUGUAAUGGCGGAUAUUCAAUGCAACACCAUGUUGUAAAGACGGAUCUUCAGUGCGACACCAUGUUGUAAUGGCGGAUCUUCAGUCCGACACGAUGUGUAAUGGUGGAUUUCAAGUGUAGCGACUUGGCGUAAUGAUGGAUCUUUAACUCGACAACACGGUGUAAUGUCGAUUGUCUAGUGCGACACCAUGCUGUAAUUGCCGAUCUCCAGUGCGACACUAUGUUGUAAUGGUGGAUUUCUAGUGCGACACUAUGUUGUAAUGGCGGAUUUCUAAUGCGACACCAUGUUGUAAUGGUGAUUCCCUGAAUUGAUACCACAUUGUCUCAUGUUUUACGGUUGUGUUUGUGUUUUAUUAUCUGUAUAUUCACUGCUCAUUGAGGAUUAACCGUUAGAAAGUGGACCGUGUUGUUGUUGCCACUGUAUAUGUGUGAAGUAUCAGGCCUGGGAAAUAGUGCUGCUAUACUUAUGUCAUCAUUUUUCUCCCGGACACAGGAUGUACUCUAAAUACUUAUUAAAUGCAUAGUGUGUUUUCGUACAUACUGUGUGUCUUUGUCCACGUGACCACUGUAUACAAAAACCCAUUAAUAAUUGGAAGGAUGGCCUUCAGUGGAAUUUACCAGAGAAAAGGUUUUCCCAAACAAGUCUUUUCGAAGUUUCAACAGAAUACAUUUUCAAACCCUAGUUGGUACUGGAAAUGAAUCCGGCUGCCAUGCGAUGCUUCCUGAAGUAUAGCAAUUGCUAUAGUCUCCUUUGGAAAACAGCUUUGCUUCCCAUAUGUUCUCUUGCUUAGUUUUGAAUGCAAUCUUCCGGCAUUUCUACGUCAUGGAAACGUUUCAAACUGUAUUAUCUUGCAGUCUUCAUAUAGCUUGAUAUUAUGUGUGGGGCACAAAUCAGUGUGACGGUUUGAAGUCAUUCUCUCACAGGUAUCAGUGGGAUUUGUUUGUGUGUCUCCUGUGGAUGACGACUCCUUCUUUAGGUUUCUUGGUUUCUUUAGACCCCUUGGAUCUACAUUUACGACAGAUCAAAUUACCAUUGUCUGUACCAGUGAGCCUACCCGGUUACAAGGUCCCUGGUAACUUCUAUGGCUUGGUUGCCUCGUCAACCGUUGAUUGAUAUCUAUUUAUAGGUGUCCGCUAACGCAGGAUUUUCUGCUAGCUGUGGGACAUUUCUGCUUAACACUUCGUACUAUAAAACAUAGUACUUUACUACUUUAUUUAGACUUUGGAAUAUGAACUGUAUUUAACUUCACAUCUAGUUCUUGAAAUUUUCAGUAAAGCUUAUAGUAACGUUUAGAUAUGUGCUAUGCUCUGCGUUCCUAGUGUGAAAGUGUAUAUUUGCGUAAUACUGUCAUACUUUGAAGAGCAUGUCGCAGUCUUCGCAAGUCUGCGGUCUGGAAUUAUCGAUGUGCUAAUGCACUGUUAGUCGCCUCUUCUCCGUGAUAUUUGCACAGCUUGGACUAGUGCAAUCCUGAACCAGUGAAUUUGUACCUUGCCCUCCUACAUAUGCGGGGCCUCCGUGGCUCAGUCGGUUAGCGCGCUAGUGCAGCGUAGUGACCCAGAAGCCUCUCAC